AUGGGUGAGAUCAUAUGUAACCCUUGCACCGGAAAAACCAUACCUUUACCAAAGCUUGUCAAAACAACACCCGCUGCUAGUAGACGAAGGCUAGCCGACCGCUUUUUCGGAUAUGAUCCUGUCAAUAAUGAGUACAAAGUAUUGUGCAUCACACAGUAUCUUGCACAUCACGCAACACCGAAUCACUAUCAGAUAUUUACAUUGGGAGCUAAACCUAAAAUAUGGAGAUUCAUCGAUUGUGACAUUCCUCACACACAUUGGUCUGACGGUCUGUGUAUUGAUGGGUUUUUGUACUACAUUGCGAGGACGGACACAAGAAUGAUGUGUCUAAUGAGAUUCGAUUUGAACUCUGAGAAGUUUAUUAUCUAUGCUAGAGUAUCUGAGGAAAUGAAAGCUUUGUAUUUUCAAGACAACGGUUCUAGAACUUUGAUAAACUACCAUGGCAAAGUAGCCAUAGCCAUCCAGCCUUCUCACUCAGUGCCUUCAAUUGAUUUGUUCAUUUUCGAAGCAGGAAAACAGGAUUACAAAGAGAAGUCUUUCGAUAAUCUCCCCCAGCUUUAUUUACAUAUGAAAGGUGUUAUUAAUCAUAUGGGUGACAUUAUUUUUGCACCUAGCUGUUCCGAACGUGAUGAUAUUGUUAUUAUCCACCACGAUCUCAAGGGAGCCAGUUUUAAGAAGAUGAAGUUUGAAGUCGCAAAGUAUGAUUGGUUUAAUGAAUCAAAUUAUUUCAUGGGUUACGUAGAGAGUCUUAUGCUCAUUUAA